UACUUAAAUCAAGGUAAAAUAUGCUAAUUUCAACCAGAUUUUUACUUACUAUUAGUUCCCUUUUUGCAGUGAAGGAUCUGCCUCCCAUUCUACAUUUAGAGACUCUAGGAACCACCAGUCCUCUGUGGCACUCACAUGCCUGUCCACCCUCAGCUGCUCCUCCUUUCACCAGUUUGUUUCUGGAAGGGAAGAAGGACAGAGCCUCGCUGGAUCAUUGCUGCCAUCUUGAAGAACUUAUAUGAACAUUUGCUGUGGCGUUCAUAAUUGCUGCAUGUCUCAAAUCAAGACAGGAAGCUCACAAAGGAAACAGGAUGUUCAGGUGUUGAGAUGAAUAUGAUCUAAGCUUAAACCUGCAUUUAAUCCAAAAAAUUAGAGUAAAAACAGAUAGCAUCAAGUACAGAAGAGGCAAAGUGACCUCCUGGGUGAACCUUUGCUCCGCUCUGCUACUGGGCUACUCAAUUAAGACCAAACGUGUUCUGGAGAGGUCGUCAAAACACAAAGAUCCAUUAUUAAAGACCUGAAGGGAGAGCCUAAUAAACAUGAACCCUGUUUUUGUCUGUGUCCUAUCAAAUAACUGAAGGUGACCCUCUGGUUGGUAAAAGAACAGUUUGUUCUGGAUGUUCAGCAUGUAGAUCUUCUGCACUUUGAUCGAGUUUUGAUGUUAAAAAAAAAGCCACACAGCAACACCUCCAUCUCACUUCCUGUCAGCUGAAGGGCUAAAACUCUCAGGAAGAAGCAGCUUCUAAUUGUAAAAUAGUUAAGUUUUUCUUCCAACACCAUAAAAGCUUCAAACCCAAUUCCUGCAGCUUCACGUGAAAAUUUCUCAUUGUUUACUUUGCACCAUGUAAUUUCUAUCUUCUAACAGUGGAUCAGAAAUAAUAAAUAAUCAUAGAAGUGUGUGAAUGGAGAGACAACAGCCACCAUGGCAGCAACCGAGGGAGGCGCACGGUCUCGCUACUUGUUGAUGAUUUAAGCUUCACGCCCACAUUAUCACCAGUAGCAUGGAGGGAGCCUUUCUACUGAAGCUCUUCUGUGAGUAAACCUUCACUUCUUUCAGAUUUCAAUGGAGAACAGAAUAAUAUCUGUGGUUCGGUCAUCAGGAGAUUGCAGUGUGUUUCAACCCAGAUGUUUCUCUGCAGGGAUCCUUCCUCUGCUCUGCUGCACGACCCACCAAGUCCUCCCAGCUGGUCUGACUGUGAGUCCCAGCAGAUCUCAGUUCUUGAUAGGAGACUCUGUGACUCUGAGCUGUGAGGAGGACAACAGCUCUGCUGGAUGGACUGUAAGGAGGAACACAACCAGAAGAACCAGAGCUCAGUGUGGAGAUGGAUGGGGAGAAGCUGCUGGUUCUACCUGUACCAUAAGCUACUUGUUCACAUUGGACAGUGGACAGUACUGGUGUGAGUGGAGAGAGGGAGCAGCCAGCAGCAGCAUCCAGCUCACUGUCACUGGUGGAUCAGUGAUCCUGCAGAGUCCUGUCCUCCCUGUGAUGGAGGGAGAUGACGUCACUCUGAGCUGUCACACAAAGACCGCUCCCUCCAACCUCCCAGCUGCUUUCUAUAAAGAUGGCUCCCUCAUCAGGACUGAGCCUGCAGGUCACAUGACCCUCCACCAUGUGACCAGCUCUGAUGAAGGCCUCUACAGGUGUAACAUCAGCGGUCAUGGAGAGUCUCCAUCCAGCAGGAUCUCUGUCUCAGGUAAACUUAAUGCUAAAGCCCCGCCCACCACUGGAGCUCCGCCCCCUGCCUUGAACCAGUCCUCCCUGAGGCUGGUCUGCCACAUGGUGGUCUUCUGUCCGUACAUCAUCUCCACUCUCCUCCUGUUGUCCUUAUAUCAGGACAGAGCCAAAGCUCCACCUUCGCAGGACCAACAGAGACCAGCUGAAGAUGAGAACGUCACUGAGCAUCACUUCUGAGCUGCAGAGCUCCUGUAGCGUCACUAAGAUGGUGGCUACCUUAGAAAUGGAUAUGUAAAUUCCAAAUUUGCAUUAAAA